AUUGAAAGAAAAUAAACAAACGUGGUGGUGCCAUAAGAUUUAGAAUCAGAAAUUUUCUUUGAGUAAAAUUUUUAGAAACUCUACCAACAAAAUGUCACUAACGGCUAAAAAUUCCUACUGGACACGUGUUGUGGGUGAUCUGGAAAGAAAAUCGGCAUUAAAAACGCGAAAGGAAACCAUUAAGAAAUACGAUUUUUCCCUGACACUGCCCAAGAGUUUGAAGAAGCGAGUGGCCAAAAUUUUACCCUACGAAUUUGAGGAGUUUGACAAAAAUGUUUUCAUAGCCGAAUCCACAGUUGAGGCUCCUCUAUGUUAUGAUAACAAGGAGGAUAAAGGAAAUGAGGAGCAAGCAGGAAAGAAAAUGGAUUCCAAUGGAAGAAGCAGCUUGGAAUUUGAAAAACAGCAACCCGAACCUCCCAAAUUUGUAUUAAAAAUAGACAAACCUUUGGAGCAUAAGGGCAAACCCAAAGUAAAACACAAUUGGCCUUCAUCUUAUAUAUGCAAGACACGCAAGAAACGCGUAUGCUGGGAUUCGAAACUCUAUGACAUGAAUUGCAGCAUUUGGGAGAAAACUUUGGAUGAGCAAGCAGAGCAGCUCAUGGAUGCCUCAGCGGAGCGCUUUACCACUUGGAUAAACACAUUGGGCAGCAACAAGGAUUCGGAUAUUUCAAAGGAAAAACUGAAAGCUUUAUUUUCCAUAGAGGGCGAACGUAGUCUCUUAGCCUCGAUAAUCACCGACCCAAAAGAGUUGAAAGCCAUAGCCAAAUGUGUGGCAGAUAAAUUGAAUAAACCAGAGAUGGCCAUUGAACUGAAAUAUGAAAACUACAUAAAAAAUCGCUUCAAAAAUGUUCCCAAGAAAAUUGUAACCGUUGCUUUCGGCCGAACCAUACCCCUAAAGGAUAGACCCUGGCAACCUUCGGAAUUUGAUGAACCCAUAACCACCGUCUUUCCCGAUGAGUUGAUUACAUUGGAAAAGCUCUUUAAGGGCAUUACUCAUCUGCGUUCCACAAAUAUGUUGGUGGAUUUUUAUAAAAAAGAAAGCAAUCUAGAACGUCCAUAUUAUUUGGUAAAAUCAGGCUUAUUUAAAGAGAGAGCUAAAACACAAACUGUUACGGAGGUACCACUUUACGAGCGUUUGAAGUUGAAAUAUUAAGAGUGCCACCUCAAUGUUGCUAUUUAACACCAUAUAAAAAUAAAUAUUUUUAUUUUUGCAUUCUAUUAUAAAAUAACGCAGACGUUGUUACAACGUCGGCCGAUAAUUAUUCCUUAAAA